AUGCCGUCAGCCUAUCAUGUCGUCGCAGCAGCGGCAGCCACUUAUCUAUUAUUUUUCAUUGCAAGGAGCAUUUAUCUGCUGUACUUUCAUCCGCUGUCCAAGUAUCCUGGACCAAAAGUUGCUGCCGUAUCCUAUGUUUGGCGCGCGUGGUCUUGGGCAAGCGGCCAAUGGCCAUUGGUCGUCACAGAACUUCAUGAUAAGUAUGGACCUGUGGUGCGGGUGGCACCGGAAGAGCUUUUGUUCUUCAAUGUUGAAGCGUACAAAGACAUAUACGGUCAUGCGUAUCAGGGGAAGAAGACGUUUGUCAAAACGGAUUUCUUCAAUGCAGGCGAGGAGGAGGGAAUUGCGACAGUCAAAGACCCUGCAGAGCAUGCAAGGCAGCGAAAGAUGUUGUCCCGCGGGUUUAGCCAGCAAUCGCUCCGUGAACAAGAACAGUGGGUAAACCAGUAUGUUGAUACUUUAUUGGAGCAACUUGGAAAGUUGGGCCAUCCGUCAGGACCGGGAGUCGACCUGGUCGAAGCUUUCGUCUGGCUCACGUUUGACGUUAUAUCCGAUCUUGCGUUCGGCAAGCCAUUCAAUGCCGUUGCCAGCGGCAAGACACAUUUUUGGAUUUCUCUCAUCUUCGAGGCCGCUUACGCAAGCCAGCUGGCGUCUAUGCGUCGGCAGCUCCCGGUCUUGAACUUGAUUUUGCCCUUUGUGCUCCCCAGAGGCUUCCUCGCAAAGUUUAGACAGCAUAACGAGCUGAGUCGCGAGAUGGCUUCCAACCGCGUGAAGCAAGGCGAUACAGGCCGGGCGGACUUCUUCUCGCAUCUGCUCCGCCACACCGAUGAGGCAGGCAUAUCUGAGCCAGAGUUGCAGAGCCAGGCGAGCAUCUUGAUCGUGGCCGGUUCCGAAACCACGGCCUCCUUUCUCGCUGCCACCAGCUACCUCUUGUUGAAGAACCCCGACACUCUAGCCCAUCUAAAGGAUGAAGUGCGGUCAACUUUUCCCUCUCUGGACGACAUCAGUGCAGAUGCGCUAGCGGCGCUGCCCUAUCUGAACGGUGUUAUCGAAGAGAGUCUACGGAUGGCACCACCCGCGGCUUUUGGUCUCCCGCGCUUUUCUCCAGGCGCUGUUGUUGAUGGGCAUUACGUGCCUGAAGGCGUCACCGUGAGCGCCGAGCCUUUCCCGAUAGCACGCGACCCCCGUUACUGGAAGGAGCCCGAUUGUUUCAAGCCUGAACGCUGGGUUGGAGAUGGCUUUGGGGAUGUGAAGGAGGCAUCGCGGCCGUUCUCGCUGGGGCCGCGCGCAUGCUUGGGUAUUAACCUAGCGUAUAUGGAAAUGCGGCUCGUUCUCGCUAAAAUGUGCUGGAAAUAUGAUUGGGAGCUGGUAGACAAGGAUAUGGACUGGUUUGGAAGAUCUCGUCUGCACGUAUUCUGGAAGAGACCUGCGCUCAAUGUAACAUUUAAACCCAGAACAUAG